AUGCCCGAGCUACCGACGAACCCGACGGACUUCGUCCCGACUGGCCGCUACACGGCUGAGCGACAAGAGGCGUUCGACAAGGCGCACUCCGAGGACUUCCUAUGGCCAGAGGAACGGAAGUUGCUGCACAACUUCGUCUCCCUCCAGAACGAAGCCUUCGCGUGGAACGACGACGAACGCGGCUGCUUCAAGCCCGAAUUCUUCCCCCCCGUCGACUUCCCUGUCGUCGCGCACACCCCCUGGGUGGAGCGGAACAUCCCGAUACCCCCCGGACUCUACGACGAAGUGUGCGCGAUCCUGAAAAAGAAGAUCACGGCCGGUGUGUACGAGCCGUCCAACUCCGCAUACCGAUCCCGCUGGUUCUGCGUCCUCAAGAAGGACGGGAAAUCCCUUCGUAUCGUGCACAGCCUAGAACCGCUCAACAAAGUCACAAUCCAGCACUCCGGAGUUCCCCCGACGCCCGACCACCUCGCGGAGCAAUUCGCGGGGAGGGCGUGCGGGGCCAUCUUCGACCUCUACGUCGGCUUCGACGAG